AUGUCGGACGACCCAAUCCUCGCUAAAGAGGUGGGGGCCGUUUUGAAAUCGCGAGCAGCGAGUCAAGAGAAACCAUCAGAUAGCGAUCUAUUACCAGUCUAUCGAUACCUCGUUCCUACUUCCACUUCAACCUCCAGUGAACAGAAGGAAACACACUGGUUUUGCGACAAGGCGAAAUCUGCCCUACACAGGGAAUCGGCUACAUACCUCAUCUUCUUGUUUGCUUUUCAAAGGCAAGGAACUUCGAAAGCAUGGGUUGAUAGGUUGGAAGAGAUUCUGUUGGGGUGUGAAGGAUGUGCGAGAGCCUUUGGGGGAGCAAGACGGACACUGGGAUCGAAAUAUCUAUCCAAAUGGCCACCUCAUGUCAGAAUCAACUUUUUCGCAGCUGUUGAUCGAUGGCAAUCAGCUCUAAUCCUCAAUCAUGUUGGAGAUGCUACUAAAACAGCUUAUGGAUCCUCCUCUUCGUCCAUACCAACCCUGUACACCCUCGAUCGUCCAGUUAUCCAGCUUUUAUUGGGCGAACCAUCCCUGCUCAAUGAUCAUAAUGAUACCGGAAUAUCCUCCUUGGUUGACGAAGCUGUUUCUUCCACUUCGACUUCAUCCUCAAUAACGUCCAUGGGACUUUCACCUCUAUUGAUCAAAUUGCUCUCUUCACCUAACGAAGGCCGAAAGAAAUGGGCGUUGUCACAACUCCCACCAGCCUCUCGCCGACCUGUAUCUUUUAGCGAUUGGUGUUCGCUGGGCAUCGGGUAUGAGAUCCAAGAACUGUAUAACGGAAAAGUAGAAAUAGAUGAAGGGGACAGAUGGAAGAUGGUGGAAGCACUUCUGAGAGACAGGGUAUUACACGAUCAAACGAUAGAAAAGGGUUUACUGGGUGGUCAGUUGGAAGAAGAUCCAAAGGGAAGAAAAGGACGAGGAUUGAUGUCUGCUCUCAGCACGUUACUCGGAAGUGAUGUACCUUACUUUCCUGAGCUAUUAUCUUGCUUUUCUACCCUGCUUGAAAUCAGUCCCAAUAGACAUAUCUGGUCAUUUGAUCCAUCUCCCGAACUCCCUCACACCCUCUUCUCGGAAAUUCGCUCAAAUCCUGCUUUCCAAGUUCUUCUCGAACGACACUAUUCAGAUGUCCCUGAUACCGUAGAUCUGACUGUAAACGACGCAUUUACAAGAAUAGAUAAGGGAAAAGGGAAGAAGAAGGAGAGCAAUGGUCCGAUAGAUUGGACAAGCGAUUUCUUAGUCUCUUUGGUUGAUGCUGAGAAAACUUCGGCAACAAUGAAGGAUGAACAGAAGCCAGGCGGAUUCUCAGAAGCUUUAGCGAUUACCAUGAACUUCGCCUUCCAGGAGAUGCAACAUACUCGUCUAUCAGGAGGUCUUAGAGCGGCUGCCGCAUCGGCUGGCUGCGAGGCCUUGAUGAAGGUAUACCAAGCUCUAUCCACCGAUGACGUCGCCCUUGCUAUCGUCCUCAACUCAACGAUCGAUCUUCAUUCGACUUUCAUCACAACAGUAGCCCUUCGACACAAGAAUCACCCUCUUCCCGUAUGGUCACAUGCACGUAGUUCCGCCUGUAACCUCAUCGCCACAUGUUUUAUAUCAGACGGGGAGUCUGCCAUACGGAGCGUUUUAGCUAUGGCGACCGCUUCACAUACUGAGAAGAAGCGAUUGCAGAAGAAAAAGCGUAGUAAAGGGGAUGUUCCACCUGCGACCCGCAUCGAGCGUUUACCGCAUGCUUCUAUCAAGAAAGAACUAUGGAGCAUGGCGUAUGAAGCACUGUCUCCGACGGACGUAUCUGGAGCUGCCAUCAUACUCAAGUCCAUCGCCCCUUUUGCUCAUCUAGAGGUUAUAGAUAGGCAGAAUUCAUGGAAGUAUGAGGGUCUUGAGGAGGUGUUGAAAAAGGAAGAAUGGGUGGACGCCAUACGAUCUGUCAAUACAACAAUCAGAGGAAGUCGAGAAUCUUUCCCAAGAGCAAUUGAAUCAUUGGCUAUGCAAGCAAAUCCCGAUAUCGUCAAAUCGCUCUGGGCACAAGAGGGCGUACCGAGAGCCGUCACUAUACUACUAUUGUCACCCGAUGAUGAGGUCCAUACACCCAUCAUCACGCUAAUCCAACAAUCUUUUGAAGAUGUCGAUGAUCGAGCGGAUUGUUUUCGAGCUUUACUUCAACAGUAUCCAGAUAUGGCGAUGGAUGGAUUGACAGAGUUCUUACGCACGUUCAUCCAAACCGCCAGUAUUACGCCUGAAUCAUGCUCGCUGGCCAAAUGGCUGGUCCGAUGUUUUCACGAUGUGUUAGAGGCUUUAUGCACUGGUUCUGGAUCAUCCGAAGCUCUUUUGCAAACUACCGAUUUCUUAAGCAGUUUUGCUGAAGGCAAAAGUAUGCCCAAACGUAUAGAAGAAUUAUGGCACCUUAUGACCACCUCUCUAGCCCUCAUCUUCAAGCGGACCUUGGAUUGGGCACCGCUGUUCGAGAAUGAAGUCAUGAUAGAUUGGAUGCGAGAUGCUCUAAUUUUUGGCAGACAGAUGACAUAUCACAUCAGAGCGUUUGAGGGAGCUGUGCUGGGACAGUCUGGAAGCUGGAAGCUAGAAGAAGGGUCAUCAUCACCAGUCAAGGUCACCUCGGUUGGGAAGAAGAUGACGAGACAGCUUGAGAUGAUCUUGACGGACCUGAUACUCUGGUUGAGACUUACGGACGUCGAAACGCUUUUCCAGACGCACCAGCUCAUCAAGACAAUCCUCGGUCGGAUCGCUCGAUCUUCCACCGACCUUUCCAGAAACCCAUCACUCGAGAAAACGUUACAAGAAAUAGAUAAAUUCUGUCGAAAAGCAUCACGAAGUUAUACGAGUCGGUUGACCGACGAUCGAUUAUCCGAGUUAUCUGACCUGUUAGCACCAUUCAAUCUGGCCGAUACAGAUGAGAUCCAAUUCGUCAAGCAAGUAUCUGCUGGUACGGCAACUCCGGAACCCGAAGCUUCGAAACCGAAAGCCAAACCUGUCAUGCGCAAUGCUUUCGAGGAAAUGAUGAAGGCUUCCGGUAAAACACCUCCAGCGAAAGAGAAGCCUAAAUCAGUCGCGCCAGCACCAAAGAGCAGCGACGUUGACGACUUCGAUGACGACUUCCUCAGUAAUCUCUCAGCCACAGACUUGGACAUCAUCGAGAAGCGAGCGAAGAUUUCUGCCAAAGAUGGAAAAUCAACGAUCUCACGAGGAUCCGCGCCACCCAAGCUAUCUACAUCUGCUCGACCCCAGAUACCCUCCAACAAACUUCAUGUCAACCUCACGCACAAACCUGUGCCUGUACCCAAGACUGCCACCUCAUUCACAUCAAAGUUCAUGCGAGAAAUGAAGAUGCAACACAACCAAUCCGUCUCGGAAAGGAAGAGAACAGAAAUCGGUGGUGUUGUACCAAGACUUCCUGCUGCUUCAGCUUUGGGUACUGGUCUUGGUGCAUAUACCGGAUCAAGACCUAAAGUGGUAGAACCAGUUGAUAGUGGAUCCAGUGCAUCCGAAUCGUCCGAAGACGAGAAAGGAGCUAUGACCAAUCUGGUAGCCAAGCAGAGACCCUUACCACAGAUCAAACCAGUCGAGAAGAGAUCCAUCAAGAUUAUUGGUUCCGACACCAAUGAGAUACUACGUCGUAAUGAAGAAAGAAGAGCUCGUGCUCAUGCGACUAAAAUGAGAUUGAAACCCGAUCUCAAUCCUCUCUAUCGAUAUGUACUAUCAUGGAAUCCGGAUCAUUCAGGUUCGAUCGCACCUCACGGACCGAAAUAUGCCAAUGAAUUAUCAAACAUGAGAAAUGUCCCUACAACAUUCGGUAGUGCAAAACAGUAUGAACAAGUCAUGCUUCCGUUGUACCUUCAGGAAUUGUGGUCUCAAUGCAACAAAGAAGGAUCGAAUACCACUGGAUUGCCAGUUCCCGUAGAAGUCUCAUCGAGGCAGUACGAAGAUGAUUUUAUCGAAAUUGACUUGACUGUCGUAGGACCAGGUGGGGAUUUCUUCGUUAAUGAAACGGAUGUAGUUACUCUUCGACAACCUGGAAAUCCAAAUGCCAUCUUCGCCAAAGUUCAAGCUUAUAAGAGGAAACCCAAAGAAAUCGCGAUCAAGAUCAAGAUAUUGGCUAGUAUGGAUCAGAAAGAGUUGUCGGGAAGAUCGAAGUGGCAACUGAAGAAACAUCUAUCGCUCAGCACUGCCGUUCGAGAAUUUGCGGCUCUGAAAGGGUUCCCGUUCUACGAUUCAUCUCUGUUGCAAGAUGCUUUAGCUGGUCGGACCGCACCAAUGCCUAAACUAGCUCUUGAUGAUAUCGAAGACGCAAUGAAAUCGUAUGAUGUCAAUGAACCACAAGCCAGGGCUAUAUUGGGCGCAUCACAUGUCAAAGGGUUUGCGCUUAUCCAAGGUCCUCCUGGUACAGGUAAGACCAAAACCAUUAGUGGUCUAGUGGGCAAAUGGAUGUCUGAGCGAAGGACUCCGAUGUCAAUUGAUGGUCGGCCUCCACCCAAGCUCAAGCUUUUAGUCUGUGCCCCUUCCAAUGCAGCCAUCGACGAAGUUUGUAAACGUCUAAUCCUGGGUGUACCGGGCUCUGAAGGUAGUCGACUGAAUCCCACCAUAGUCCGAAUUGGUAUCGAUGCAUCAGUGAACAUAGCCGUCAAGGAUGUCUCGCUUGAUAGUUUGGUAGAAGCUAGAGUGAACGUUGAGACAGUUGGAAAAGAUGGUGGGAGCGAAUACUCCAGAAUCCAAGGUGAACUAGAUUCGGUCAAACAGCAGAUCAAAGAGAAGCAAGAACAGCUCCGUUUAGUCCAAAGCCAUGAUGAGAAACGUAAGAUCGUCGAAACUGAAUAUCAAGCUUUGGUCACCAGGCGUACUCAGCUUGGUCAAGCAUCCUCAAGAGCUAAAGAUGCUGCUCGUGAUGCAACUAGACAUUUGGAUGGUGCUAGACGAGCAGCUAAGGAGCAGAUCCUGAAUGAAGCGGACAUUAUCUGCGCUACUUUGUCUGGAGCAGGGCAAGAUACUCUUUCUGCGCAUACAUUCGAGACUGUCAUCAUCGAUGAAGCUGCUCAGGCUAUAGAGAUGAGUUGUUUGAUCCCCUUGAAAUAUGGCUGUAAGAGGUGUAUCAUGGUAGGAGACCCUAACCAAUUACCGCCUACGACCUUCAGUGUGGAAGCAGAUAGAUAUCAUUACAACGAAUCACUCUUCGUUCGAAUGACCAAACACGAUUCUUCCCAAGUAUCUCUCCUGAGUAUUCAAUACCGAAUGCACCCUUAUAUAUCCGAAUUGCCAUCCAAAGUCUUCUAUAAUGGCCAAUUGAAGGACGGCCCUGACAUGGCCAAAAAAACAGCUGCGAUAUGGCAUCAACGUAAUGUUUUUGGACCAUAUAGGUUCUUCAAUGUGAAUGGAAAUGAAAUCAAAGCUGGUACCUCCACAAAAAACACUGAAGAAGCCCUAGCUGCUGUUGAUCUUUAUAGAAGACUGAAUUCGGAUUUCGGCAUGAAGAUCGAUUUGACAAUGAGAAUAGGUGUGAUCUCGAUGUAUAAAGAACAAUUGUGGGAAUUGAAAAGAAAGUUUACGGAAACGUUUGGAUCUCAGAUAUUGGAGACUAUCGACUUCAACACUGUCGAUGGUUUCCAAGGUCAAGAGAAGGAUAUUAUCAUUCUAUCAUGCGUUCGUUCCGGUCCUAACAUACGUACAAUUGGUUUCUUGAAGGAUGCGAGACGUAUGAACGUCGCUUUGACUCGUGCCAAGAGCUCUUUGUUCGUUUUUGGGAAUGGACCAACCCUGGAGAGGAGUGAUGAGAGAUGGAAGAUCAUUAUUGGGGAUGCGAGGGAGAGAGGUUUCUAUAUCAAUUAUACUUCUUCUACUUUCGGUCCAGAAGCUCUUGAUCCUCCACCAGCCAAGAAAAAGAAGAAGGAUCGUCUAUCAGAUGGAAAGUCAAGAUCUGUCUCAACUAUACCGCCUUCCCCUGACAGCUUAUUGCCACCCAAGGCACUCGCGGCCGAGAUGAACGUCAUCAAGAGGAAAGCAAGCAUGGAUGGUGUCAAAGAAGAAAAGAAGAGGAAAGUUUCAGAUUCUCCAGAAUUUGAAUCAGGCAAUGUGCCUCCAUCAAAGCAACCAAUUCCGACCGCUCCACGAUCGGUCCCUGUACCUGUUCCAUUGUCGAAGCCUGGUAUUACUAAUGGUCAUGGCGUAUCAUCAGACUCGAAGGCUAUGUCAACUGGUCCCCGUCCUCGACAUAACGUUGCCAAUGGUAUGCCCACUGCCCCUUCGCGACCUCCCCAACCUACAGGUCCGCCUCCGCCCCCGCCGCCUCAACGGCCUCCAGAGGACGUUUUAUUCAUCAAGAAGAAGAAAAAACCCAAUCGACCUGGUAAUACCGGUCCUAGUACGGGCACAAACGUCCGUGCAGCAAUGAAUGAACGAUACGGUGGCCGGCCGUAA